AUGUCCAAACCCAAAAACUGGCCCCCUUCGCUGCCCUACUUCAAAGCCCCCCAGCACGGCAAAGACCUAACACCCACCCAACUGCAAUUCCUCCGCACAAAACCCAACAUCAUCACCACCAAAACCACCACUUCCACCACCACCAGCAACAGCAACAGCAAGCAUCAACCUCAACCUCAGUACCACCUCCACGAAGACACCCUCCUCCCCCUCAUCCCAGCCUCAUCCCCCGCAACCGAAACCCCCUGCCCGCGCGUCAAGAUCCUCCCCAUCACGAACCCGCUGCACCCGGCCCACGGCCAAUUCGGCCUCUUUGCGGCAGCAAACAUCCUCCCUGGCGAGCUCAUCGUGGCGUACCUAGGCAGGCUGCACGGUAAGGGGACGACGAGCGAGGAGAGCGACUAUGAUAUUUGGCUGGAGAGGGAGAUGGAUGUCGCGGUGGAUGCGGCGCUGGGGGGCAACGAGGGGCGGUUUGUGAAUGAUUAUCGCGGCGUUCCCGUUGUUUCUUUUUCUCCUACUUCUUCUUCUUCUUCUUUUGCUGGCGGCGGCGGUGGUGGUGGUGGUGGGGGAAGGGGCAAGGGGAGGCCGAAUGCGAGGUUUGGGAAUGCGUUUUGCGCCGGCCUUUUCCCAAUCGAAUACCAGUGA